AUGAUCCCAGAUAUCCGGAAGAUCCCAAUGUCCCUCCGCUGGAAUAUGGACGAGACGGGGUUAACGGAGGGGACCAACAAGGACUAUUUAGUACUUGGGAACUCCAAGAAGAGAACUAUCUAUGUCCAGAACCCAGGGGACCGCACAUGGACCUCGAUUCUCGAGUGUAUCUCCGCGAAUGGCCGCCAUCUGCCCCCAUUAGUGAUAUUUAAAGGGGAAACGGUUCAACACCAGUGGUUCCCUGCGGAGAUAGAAGAUUACGCCUCUUGGAGCUUUACAUCAUCGACCAACGGUUAG